AUGGGGAAGACGGGGUUCUGGGUUGAAUGGGAACUUUGGGAGAAAAUGUGUUUUGUUCUUGGCUGUCUGAUUGUAAGCAUAGCACCCGCCAAUGCCGCCAUAUUGGGUAUAUUCAUUCCGGUCCUGACAUUUGAACAGGUUAUAGUUCUAUUAUACGGGGCAGGGGUUCAAAUUUACAAUUCCUGGAGAAUUCAGAAAGUGGCUGCUGCGGAAAUGCAGUUAAGAUCACACUGCCACGUUAGGGCUGGGAUUGAAGGCGCACAAGACAACGAUAUACCGUUUGGGUCACGAGCAAUUGAAAGCGGGGUUGAGGUGGAGGGUAUCUGGAUUUCCAACCACAAUACUCCUCGAGGGACCCCUUUACCCCCAGCAACCCCCGAAGAGACCAGACCCCCAAGCCCAAGGCCAACCCAAGUGCUCAGCUUAGACUCUCCCGCUUUAGCUUUGAACCGCUCUAGUUAA